AUGGCCUUCCAGCCCCUCCUACGGCAUAGAACCGCCUACGCCGAGGAGCUCCAACACCCCAUCUACGACAGCCCUCUCGAGGCCACUCCCUCCCCCGCUGCUAUCCACGCGACCACCCUCAACCCAGAGCCCGUCACUCCCCCGGUCCGCGACAACCAAUCCCAACAAUCAAAAGUCACUGCCGAGACCGUCGCCGCCAGAGUCCUCGGCCAACCCGCAAGCCCAACACCCACCCAGCGCCUUGCCGAGCAAAUCAAGCGCGCCCGCGUCUUCAUGCACGCUCAAGCCGUCAAGGCCGAAGACAACAUCGAUGCCGGCCUCACCAAAGCUCUCAACCUCGAGCACUCGUUCGUUUCCACAGUGCAAUCACUUGCUCCCCCCAGAGAGAGCGGCGAGCGUCUUCUCCCCGGUGGAGUCUACGUGCUUGUAGCUGCUAUGGCCGGCAGCAUCAUUGCUCGCAACCGCAACAUCCUUUUGCGCGGUAUUGUUCCCGUGGCCACUGGUGUUGGUGCCUCUUACGCUGUCUUGCCCAUCACCACCCGCAAUGUCGGCGAUCUUAUCUGGAAGUACGAGGAAAAGUACCCCGUCAUUCGCGACAACCACAUCCGUGUCCGCGACGGUGUUUCGCACUUUAUCAAGACUGGAAAGGCACACUCGCAGAUGGGCUACUACCAGGCUGUCGACAAGGUCCAGGGCGUGCGUGAGGCCGUCGAGGAGUGGGUUAGAAAGGGCAAAUAA